UAUAGCUUGUCUCCAGCAGGAGCUAGUCCUUCUAUCAUGUCGUGUCACGAAAGCGUUACACCGGGAGUCGCAUCGACGAGAAACAGCCAGCAUUCUGGUUCUUCAGGCGUGUCUGGGUCGAGACUGUUCUUCUUGGGAGGUCAUCACCUACCGACACAUGGCUCGUCAUACGAUCCUCAACAGCAGCAUUUGAAUAUUAUGAAAAGCUGAAAACGGAUUUGUGGAAAAGUGAUUAUAACUACAUGGCAUGAGUUCACAAUGAAAUCUUGAAUUGGAUGAAUAGAAAAGGAUCGAAUCUAAAAGGUCAAAACUCAGCAUUCAAACUCUGUUACCUCUACUAGUACCUCUACAGGUGUUGUGAGAAAGGUACUAUGUCUUCUAGAAUACCCAUCCUGAGGAUGUGGUCUCCACCCGGUAACUCUAAUGCCAGAACUUACACGGGCGGACCCGGUGCCCCAGGGUCGUUGCCAGCAUCGCAUUCGCAUUCCUCA